AUAUUAGUUCGUGGCUUCAAAUUCACUGUUUGUUUCACAUUGUGUUGCAAUUAUCAACAAUUCAUUGGAUUUACAAUAUUUAGUGUCAAAAGUUUGCUUAACAUACAGAUUGUGGGCAAACAUGACGAUGACUGCGAUUAUGUCCAAAAGCAAUGAUCACGUCAAGAGACCGAUGAAUGCUUUUAUGGUAUGGUCGAGAGGACAGCGCCGGAAGAUGGCUCAGGAGAACCCGAAAAUGCAUAACUCGGAGAUCAGUAAGCGUUUGGGUCAGGACUGGAAGCUGUUGACUGAGGCCGAGAAGAGACCCUUCAUUGAUGAGGCGAAGAGACUGCGAGCCCUUCACAUGAAA